AUGUCGGACGAGGAGGAAGUUGAACACGUCGAGGAAGAGGCCGAAGAGGAAGAGCCCCCUUCGCCUACAGAAGCCCAUGAGGUCCACGAAGAAGUCCAUGAAGUUCAUGAACCAGAGGAAGUCCAUGAAGAGGAGAAGCCAAGACUCAAACUCACUGCUCCUAGGAUCCCGGAAGGGGAGAAAGUAGACUUCGAUGAUAUCCAGAAGAAGCGCCAGAACAAAGACCUCAUGGAGCUGCAGGCCCUCAUCGACAGCCACUUCGAGGCUCGAAAGAAGGAGGAAGAGGAACUGGUCGCGCUCAAGGAGAGGAUCGAGAAGCGCCGUGCGGAGAGAGCUGAACAGCAGAGGAUCCGGGCUGAGAAGGAGAAGGAGCGCCAGACCAGGCUGGCGGUGAGAAGGGCCCGGCGGGAGGAGGAGGACGCCAAGCGGAAGGCCGAGGACGACCUGAAGAAGAAGAAGGCCCUGUCCUCCAUGGGCGUCACCUACAGCAGCUACCUGGCCAAGGCUGACCAGAAGAGAGGCAAGAAGCAGACGGCCCGGGAGAUGAAGAAGAAAAUCCUGGCCGAGCGGCGGAAGCCCCUCAACAUCGACCACCUCAGCGAGGAGAAGCUCAAGGACAAGGCCAAGGAGCUCUGGGAAACCCUGCACCAGCUGGAGACCAACAAGUUUGAGUACGCGGAGAAGCUGAAGCGUCAGAAAUACGAGAUUACCAACCUCAGGAGCCGCAUCGACCAGGCCCAGAAGCACAGCAAGAAGGCCGGGACUCCGGCCAAGGGCAAAGUCGGCGGGCGCUGGAAGUAA